AUGCAGUGGCUUAAGGAUGAUUAUACGCAAGCAACUGCAACGCUAAAUCUCAAAUGUAAAUUAUGCCAACAAUCCGUUUCAACCAGCCAGCUAAAACAACAUAAAAAAAUACAUCUAGCUUAUAGAUAUCUCAAAUACCGCGGCGUUUCUAAGCCAGAGAACUUAAAAGCAUUGCAAAAGCGAAGAAAAUCUUUAAUUAGAAAAUUGCGAAGAUUAUAUAGCGACAAGGAAGAUCCAGAAUAUGAUCGUAAGCUUACUAGAUUUAACUGGGCAUACGAACUAAUAAAAAGUACUUUUGAUGAUGCUUACUAUAAUGCUAGGGUUGUAACCCCAAGUAGCCAUGAGCAGUUACUUGGUAAAGAUAUCAUAGUCAUAAAGUCUGAUUCAGUACCAACGGCUAUAUACCACGGUGGAAGUGAUCAGGGACGCGGUUCUGCUUUAGAUAGGAUUGUAGCUGUGCUAAAUCAUAAUUUUGGAAGUCAAGGUGGUAAAAAUUGCUACUAUUACGGUAUGUAUAGCGGAUAUCACGGAUGCCAGGCUGCUGAAGAGGCUAAGAUAAAUCUGCAUCGAAUAUUUGCCAAUGAAUUAAGUAAAGAAGAUUUUAGUGUAACUGUCAAUGAGUACUCAACGUUAUCACUAGAAGAAACAAAAGUUAGACAGGACGAUUCAAUUCGCAGUGAGUGCGAAUAUGAAUCAGCAAAUAUAUUUUCCAGUUCAGCAUCUCCAGAAAGGGUAACUUCAAUGUUAAGCUUGGAUCAAUCUAUUCAUCAGUUAACUUAUUCGGCCUUGAAAAAAAGAAAGAAGCUCAAUAGCUUUGAAAAUUAUCUCUUAAUGGUCGCAAACGCAUUUAGACAUGCUUACUCUAGCUUUGAUACAAAAUUAAAAAAAGGUAUCAAAGAAAAAUCAACUGUAAGGUGGAGUGGUUGCUCAUCUUUAUCAUGUUUAUUAAAUUUUAAUCCUUUAUUGAGUAAAUCUGGAAUACUACAUUUAGCGAAUAUCGGAGAUAUUAAAGGUGUCUUAUGUAGAGGAGGUACUGGCUAUAUACUAAGUCGUAAACAUACUCUUAGUAAUUCUCGGGAAAGAUUAAGAGUACUAAAGUGUGGUUGUACCAUAAAAUCAACAUCAUCUGCAUGUAGUUUAGUAAAUGGGGUCUUACAUGUUACAAGAGGAUUUGGUAAUCAUGGUGAUCCUCUUUUAAAAUCUGCUGUUAUAAAUACUCCCCACGUUACAUCAAUAAGUUUAACAGAUGAAGACUACUUUCUAAUUUUGGCUACGAAUAGCUUAUGGGAAUCUAUCGAUGCAAGAGCGGCGGUAGAAAUGUUAUUAAAUAUGCAUCCCUUUAAGAAGGUUAACAAUGGUGUUGCUGAGGAUUCGAAAUAUCAGGAUUCAAGUUUUCAACAGGAGCAAAAAGUCAUAGAAAAUGUUCAAACUAAAAUCAAUAAUUCUAAAUUAAGUAUAAGCAAUAUUUCAGUAGGUCUUCAUUCCAUGUCAUCUAAUGAUUAUUAUGACAAGGCUGAAAGUGCUAUCGGUAAUAAUGAAUUACCUUCACUUAAUUCUCAUACUUAUCAUGACGUUAGCGAUGAAAGUUAUUCGCUAUCAAAACAAGGAUUUCCUUCCAAAACAAGCUCAGUAACAAGAUCAAAUUUUAGAGAGUUACACAGAUCAAAUACUGCUAUUACUGAUGCGUCUUUCAGACACUCAACUGCGAAUAAAAUUAGAAAAGAGGCAAAGACUGGUUGCUUGAUAGCCAAAUUAUCAGCAGAAGGUGUUGAAGAGCAUGAAGAAAUCGUAGAUUCUUACAGUGAUUUAGACGCUAUAACGAUCUUAGAAGACGAACAACCUAUACCUUUAAUCAGUAAGAUAGAGUUAUUCUGA